AUGCGACCAAUUGUUUCUUUCUGUGGUUCUCCGACAUACCAACUGUCUCAGUGCCUGACGACAAUACUACAACCGCUCACCGACAAAUCCAGACGUAAACUACAAUCCACCGAGGACUUUAUUAACGCCACUAAGACGGUACAAAUACCUGACGGCUACAAACUAAUGUCAUUUAAUGUGAAAUCGCUUUUUACAAUUAUUCUACUUCAAUUGGCACUACCGUUUACUGAGACUGCUAUCCUACUGCUACCGACAGAGGAAAUUAUAGACUUACUAAACCUUUGCCUUAAUUCAACUUACUUUCAGUACAACGGUAAACUCUACAAACAGUUGCACGGUACAGCUAUGGGAUCUCCAGUUUCUGUUGUUGUGGCAGAAAUUGUGAUGCAGAACGUCGAGGAAAGCGCCCUUUCGACUUGCCGACAAACGAUACCGCUUUGGUUACCCUACGUUGACGAUACUUUCACCGCCGCACGACACAACGAAAUCGACGCAUUCCACUACCACCUCAACAGUCAAAGCACUGACAAACAGUUUACGAGAGGUCGACUGCCUGGUAAGCCGUGA